UCUUGUGACUAGAUACAAGAGACAAGAACACAAGAGCACAAAGUCAGAACGCAUAUUGUCAAGUGUUAGAAAUGUCUCUUUAGUAAAGAUAUUCCAAGAAUCUAUUCAAUUCUACCUCUCAAAUCUGAAUGUGAAAUCUGAACGUAUUUUACAAUGUGAAUACGCGUGCGACACAGAUGCAACUUUCUUGCAUUAUAAAGGGAUUGAAAGAGUAAUGAAUAAACGAAUCGCAUAUGAAUAUAUUAUGUACGUUAAGUGUAUAUAAGAUCGUGCGAUCUUGCACAUACACACGCAUACAAUAACUUCUAGAAUUGAUGUCAUGACAAUAAUAUAAGAGAAACGAUAUGAGAGAUAACAUUUCAUAUGAUACAUUCGAAGGCGCAUUCAAACACAGGCCUCUUGCGCAAUGGGAUAGAAUGAGGAUGUCCGGGAAAUCACAAUUGUCCCUUUGACUAGUAAAGACACGAAAGAGAGAGGCACGUGGGAGUCAGGACGCAUGCGUGUCGUGUUGCUCCUGCUGGACUCCCAACGACAAGUCAGUCUGCAUCUGAACUCCGGUUCGCGUAGGUUUUAUAUCAGUGCGUAUACGUGACGAAAAUUAAACGAUAUAAACUAUCGAUAAAAUAAUAAAUAUGACAAUAAUCACUGCCAUCCUUGUCUCGUGGACUGCGUGGAUCUUCGUUGCGUUGGCGCAUUCAUCCGAGGGGCGACAAACGAGGAAUUUAUUAACGGGAACAUUGGGUCACCAUCACGACACCGAUUUACCUCGAUUCGCCGAGGAAAUCCAAAAUGUGACAGUGAGCGUGGGACGUGAUGCUCUGCUUGCUUGCGUGGUGGAUAACCUACGACAUUAUAAGGUGGCCUGGGUGCGCGUUGACACGCAAACUAUAUUGUCGAUUCAUCAGAAUGUAAUUACUCAGAAUCCACGAAUUUCGCUAACAUACAAUGAUCACCGCUCGUGGUAUCUUCAUAUAAAGGACGUACAAGAAGUCGAUCGUGGAUGGUACAUGUGCCAGGUGAAUACGGAUCCAAUGAAAAGUCGUCAGGGUUACGUACAAGUUGUAGUACCACCAUCGAUUAUUACUAAAGAGACCAGCACUGACAUGGUGGUCCGCGAAGCUUCCAACGUGACGUUGACGUGUAAAGCGACCGGAUAUCCGGAGCCUUACGUUAUGUGGCGGCGGGAAGAUGGCAAGAACAUAAAUUAUAAUGGCGAAAGUGUGAAUGUUGUGGAUGGUGAAGUGUUGCAUAUCGUAAAGAUAAGCCGCCUUCACAUGGGCGCUUAUUUAUGCAUAGCUUCAAAUGGUGUUCCACCAUCCGUGAGCAAGCGAGUUUCGCUGCGUGUACAAUUUCCACCCAUGCUUUCAAUACCAAAUCAGUUGGAAGGAGCCUAUAUUGGACAAGACGUAACUCUUGAAUGUCAUACUGAAGCUUAUCCAAAUUCUAUAAAUUAUUGGACAACAGAACGCGGUGAUAUGAUAGUGUCUGGCAAUUCUGUUUCAGGUGAUAAGUAUGAAGCGAUAUCCACGGACAGCGGUUACAACAAAUACAUGAUGCUAAAGAUAAGAAACGUAGGUCCGAAAGAUUUUGGUUCGUAUAAAUGUGUCGCACAAAAUUCACUUGGUGGAACAGAUGGCGUCAUCAAACUAGAUGGUAAGUCACGCAAUGAUAACAAAAAGGACAAUUUAUAGUGUA